GUAGUCGAGGUCUAUCUAUACCGUAAGAACACUUCUAUUUUACCAACUCCCACCACUUUUGAAAUUCUUCACCAAACAAUCAACAAACCCUUCUCUAACCGGAAUUCUUCAAUUGCCGGAAUAAAUUUCAAGCGGAGGAAAUGUCGAUGCUCGUUGAUUGUUCGAACUGCCGGACUCCAUUACAGUUACCGGCGGGAGCCAGGGCCAUAAGGUGCGCCCUCUGUCUAGCCAUUACACGCGUCGCUGAUCCCCGGAGCCUCCCUCCGCCGUUGCCUACUCAACCUUAUGCUACUUAUUCCAACCACCACUACGCUCCACCUCAGCCGCAUCCACCACCCGCAGCUCCAGCACCAUCGCCGUACAAUCGAGUAGCGUCUUUUGGUCAACCACCGCCGGUCAACGGGAGAAAGAGGGCAGUGAUCUGCGGAAUAUCGUACAAGAGGACGAAGCACGAGCUGAAAGGUUGCAUAAAUGAUGCCAAGUGUAUGAAGUACUUGUUGAUCAACAAAUUCAAGUUCCCGGAAUCCUCUAUUCUCAUGCUCACCGAAGAGGAAACUGAUCCUUAUCGGAUUCCAACAAAGCAUAACAUCAGAAUGGCCAUGUUUUGGCUGAUGCAAGGUUGUCAGCCUGGGGAUUCCUUAGUGUUCCAUUUUUCCGGCCAUGGUUCCCAGCAAAGGAACUACACCGGCGAUGAAAUUGAUGGAUACGAUGAGACACUGUGCCCAUUGGAUUUCGAGACUCAAGGAAUGAUUGUUGAUGAUGAGAUAAAUGCGACUAUGGUUAAGCCACUACCUCAUGGUGUCAGACUUCAUGCCAUUAUCGAUGCCUGUCAUAGUGGCACAAUGCUAGAUUUACCAUUUCUUUGUAGAAUGGACAGGAAUGGGAGGUAUGUAUGGGAGGACCAUAGUCCUCAAUCAGGAAUAUUCAAGGGCACAAAUGGAGGCGAAGUCAUUUCCUUUAGUGGCUGUGAUGAUGACCAAUCAUCUGCUGACACAUCCUCUUUAUCGAAGGUGACUUCAACCGGAGCAAUGACAUUUUCAUUCAUACAAGCAAUAGAACGUGGGCAUGGGACAACAUAUGGUGAUAUGUUGACUUCAAUGAGAAACACCAUUCGGAAAAAUGAAAGUGAUUUAGGUGGUGGUGGUGCUGGUGGUGGUGCGGUGUCUUCUCUCAUUGGUAUGCUUUUGACUGGAGGAAGCCUUGGUGGUGGUGGCAUUCGACAGGAACCACAACUGACAGCCAGCGAACCGUUUGAUGUUUAUACAAAGCGAUUCUCACUGUGACAGUGACACACACAUGUCUUGCUUUUAGUGCAUUCUUUCCACUUGUACAGUUUUCCAAUGAAAUUAUUAAUGACACAUUCUAUGCAAGAUUGUGAGUUCAUUUUUACUAAAUGUACUGUAUGCAUUUUUUAAUUA